AUGGCGGAGACGAAUGCCCUCAUCCGAGCAUGGCAAGGACCGUCGAUUGCUGGAGGUCAGCUGCUGCCGACGUGCGCGCCUCAACAGGUCUGCACCACCGUGUACACACGCCUGCGCCACGCCACCCUGCAGUGCGUGUGUCCGCCAGUCUACGGGGCGCCCUGCAGCUCGAGGCUGCUCAGCAGCGACCAGCACAGCAUCGCGCUGGUCACCGACCCGUCAGCGUCGGCGCUGACGACAGUGAAGACUUGCGAGAGGAGUCGGGACAUCGCGUCGUGCGUCGGCGGCGACUGGGCCCUCCUGGCCGUGCAGAACGCGCGCACCGGCCGCUCCCACUUUCUGGUGGUGUGCCGCUGCCCGGCCGACGGCUGGCUCGAGGGGCCGCUGCAGCACAAGCAGCCGUACCACGCCCACGUGCCGGCCAUCCGGGUGUACGGCAUGGUGUGCAGGCGACACGGCCGGCGCGCCCGCCGUCACAGCAGCCGGCGCAGAGUGCAUAGCGCGCGUUCGUCCGAUGAGAACGGCGCAGCCAUCUUUCAGCUGCAGUGA